CGACAACAUCGAACGUAGUAAGACGCUUAUCGUUGCUCGUUUCGCACUCGAACUAGUGUGCUUUUCCUGCUUAGUUGGGGCCUCGAACCGAACCGAUCGUGUCGGAUUCUUUCCUCCACCCCCUGGGGAUCCGGCGGAGCGCCACCCAGGCAGUUGUUAUCAGUGAACAGGAAGGAUUUUCAGAAGCAGGUUUUUAGUUUUGGUAAAGCGUUCGGCUUGAACAGUGCGGUUUACAGGGAAUCCAGCCAGUGAUCAACAGUAUUUUGGGGGGAAUUGGCAUACCGCUAAGCCGGUGAAUUGUGCAAAUCCGUUCGGGGGAAAGAAAGAAGAAGUAAAUAAGUUUGGUGAUAAAAACAGAAACGAAACAGCGAAUUUAAAAUUCUGUAAAGCUUCCGAGCUCGGUGCUAAUCCUCGGCACCGCAGUUAAGAGAACCUGAAACGCGCGCGAACAUCGACUUAAGUAGAAACGACAGAACAGUAUAUGGGGACCGGUCGGAGGCUCAAGACCCGGCAAACUAUUUAUAAGAAAAGCCCUUGACGACCCACCGCGAGUUCGCCAGCGCCAGAGAGUGUUGUUUUGAAAUCCACUCACAUGCGAGCCCACCUCGAGCCGAAACACACGAGGAAGCGAAAGCGGGCGAAACAAAACAUGAUAAAUUUGUUUUUGUGUUAAUUUUUAAUCUGAUUAAGGAAGGGUUAAUUAAUGCAUUUAACAUUAAUUCGCGACCAGCACAAGAACAAGGCAACACGGUUAGGAAGAGUUGAAUUAUAGUUAGUAAAGGAUCUCCGACUCGACAUCGUCGUGAGCCGGGGUGCUGAUUAUUUAUCUGUUCUUGUUUUUGCCCCGAGUGUAGUUUUGGGACUUUGGAAAGUGUCAUGAAGAGCAAACCGUUGAUGGUUUUCGAAUUUUUGCGGUAGAGUGGGAACGCAUACCGACCGAACCGAAGCUACCAUUUAGCUGAACAGGGCAUGUAUGUUCUCCAAUGACGCCAAUGAUCCGCAUCGUCCCAGUCAACGGUGAAACCGUGGUGAAACAUUACCCCUGCCUUAACCAGAAGCACUAGCGCAGAGAAAGCGAACAAAACAAUUGAAAGUUUGGGAACGGGUGCAUGUUCUUUGGCAUGGAUUUUCAAAGUGCAAUGGAGACUUUUGCCGAAGCCUGGGUAGCCGCAAGUGCCGGAGCACAGACACAAGCUUUGGCUCUGACACGUCCUAAGUCACCGAAGAAGCAAUCGUCCGUACCAGUAUCGCCGUCGAAUGGUCGGGAGAUGGAACUGUCCAGCCCGAAAGUACACCAUCAGUCAUCGUCCUCGUCCAAUGUUUCGGAUCAUCCGAGCGUCACCGGUGAUAAUCUAACCGGUUCCAGUAUGAACAAUUCAAUCGUGAGUGCCAACGGUGGUUCCGCCAUCAGCACUCCUCACAGCCAUCCGACAAUCAGCGUGUCGCAAUCGUUGAUGGGCACGGCCGUCAAUCGCUCGCUGACACCGCGGAUCAAUGUGUCCGCUGGGCUGACGGAAAGCGGUUCCGGAGCGAACACCAGCCUCAACAUUAGCAAUAUUAACAGCAGUAACUCCAACAACAACAACAACAACAACAACAACAACAGCAACAUCCCGGUCGGAUGCCACCCACCAACGGCGCCCAGUAAUGGAGCCGAUCGAGGGAUACCGCCAUCACCGGUGGCCGCCGUUGCAGCAGCUGCCGCCGCCAUGCAAGAUCGGAAAGAUUUCGAUUUCAGCAAAGUUAACGCUAAAUCCUUGCCACUUCACUGCGUGGUUGAAUCUGUCAGCUCCCUGCAGGCAACGUUGAACUUUGACGCCCGCAGUCCCUGGAAACGGCGACCGAACAUCGAAACCGACAGCUACGUCAUCAUCCCGGCAGCCACGCCGUUUUGUGAUAUCGUCACGACCGCUCUGCAACGGCUUGGCUAUUCCUCGGAGAUUUCCAACGCAGCCAGAGGAUCAAUCUCCAUCAAGAACUGGAAGUCACUGUCGUUGGACGCCAUCUCCGACAAUCCGCUGGUCUCGGUUAACGACAUCCUUGGGGAGUUGACCUCGGUCGUAACGCUAAAGAUCACCAUCCUGCGGAACAAACCGUCCCAGCUGGCGGAGAUCAAGGAUAAACUGCUCAAGCUGCUGAUACUGCAGUCCCAUGCCGUACUGCGAUCCACCGGAUGUCCACUGGACGAGAUCACACUAUCCCAGAUAUGCCGCAGUCCGCUGCAGAACACGUUUCCUUUUACACCGGAAAUCACCGAAGAAGUGCGGAGAAAGUUCGAUCAGUGGUGGAGCAAUCAGUUAGCGCCUCAGCCGAACCCGAUUGCCCAUAAAAUUCUGCCGUUCAGCAAUGCGCCCCCGAGUGAGCUGGACUUUGCCAAUUUCAAUAUGCAUGAGAAUCGAGAUGCCCUACUGGAGAACCGGGCGAAUCCACAUCACAACCUGGUGGUACAUCCGGCACUGCAGACCGUUCACUCGCAGUAUCCGAAUCAGAAAACUCGCAUGCGAACCAGUUUUGAUCCGGAAAUGGAACUACCCAAGCUGCAACGAUGGUUCCAGGAGAAUCCCCAUCCGUCCCGGCAGCAAAUCCAGUCCUACGUCGUUCAGCUGAAUUCACUGGAAUCACGGCGGGGUCGUAAACCGCUGGACGUGAACAACGUUGUGUAUUGGUUCAAAAAUGCCCGAGCCGCCCAGAAGCGAGCCGAGAUGCGUCAAGGGAUGACCAACGGCUACGGGACUCCGAGUAUGAUGCUAUCGCAGCCGGAUUACAUGAAAAGCUCUCCCAGUGCACCAUCUGAAGACAUUGACAAUCUAUCCCAAGACGAAAUGGAUGACGAACUGGAUCGACCGAUGUCCCCACAGCUACCUCUGUCGCUGACCAUCCAUGAACGCAAUCGACCGCUGAGUCCGUCGGAUGAUACCCCCAUCAAGCAGGAGAACAAUCUCUCCUCUGCCAGUCCACCGCCAUCUCCGACGCCACCGAAUCACAUGCUUAACAUCAGCAACAACAACAACAACAACAACAACAAUAAUAAUAAUAAUGCCAACGAAUCCGCCAAUGAUUCGGCCAGUCAGAAUGAAGCCCCCAAAUCCAACUACUCCAACGAACGAUCCAGCUCUCCACAACGAUCUCGCUCUCCCGCUUCGGAAGAUCUGGAUAUGGAUGAACCAGAGGGCAGCACGAUCGAUGACUACCGUUCACCGUCGCCGGACUCCAAGCGGAACCUUCCCUUUCCCAUCAACAAUCCGAUGUUUUCCCACUCGAUCAUGUACAUGAGCCACUACAUCCCGGCAAUGCAGGCCAAUGCCGCCGCCGGAAUGCACCUGAAAAACGAACUCAGCCCGACCAACCACGCCGCUCUGGGUCAGGGUGGGCUGAACCUGUCAUUCAACAGUGACGAACGGCGGAAGCGAAACCGAACCUUCAUCGAUCCGGUGACCGAGGUGCCCAAGCUGGAGCAGUGGUUUUCUAUGAACACCCAUCCGUCGCACAAUCUGAUCCUGAAGUACACGGAGGACCUGAAUCGGAUGCCGUACCGCCAAAAAUUCCCUCGCCUGGAAAGCAAGAACGUCCAGUUUUGGUUCAAGAAUCGGCGAGCAAAGUGCAAACGUCUGAAGAUGUCCCUGUACGAUCCGGCCCAGCUAGCCAGCCUGGGUGAACAGGCUCACCUCGCAAAUCUGCACGACAGCUCCCACCUGGCUCAGCUACACGAGGCUUCCCAGCUGCACCAGUUCCAUCACGGAGGCGACCGAGAUUGAGCCACCGACUUGACACAGAUCCCGUUCAGUACAGUUCCUUCCUUCCGUGAGCGAUGGAAGCGCAUUGGGGUUUGUCUGCACGUGGAAUAAAUUUGUUCCCAAUAGUGGUACUGUUCGCUCAAUAUAUUUAAGUGCAUACGGCUUGUUUUAUUUUACUUUCGAGGAGCAGAAACUCCGAAGUAAAUGCUAGGUCAAAUUGAUACCAAAGAACGAAAAGAUUUCUCUUUAGGUUUUCCUGUAAAUAGUAGAAAGAUUAAUGUUGAUUAUGAACAGUUCUUUUAAAACGAUGAUACAUCUCCACUUCGAUAGAAAUGCUAAGGUUUGCUAUGAUAGAAAUCGCAGUGUAGUGCUAAAAUAGAACUUUCGCAGAAAUUUUCGUACUGUGAAAAAAAUUUAUCGGAUCAGGUAUGGCGUAGAUGGUCUCUACAUUAGGCAAAAUGGCUUUUAGGGUUACUACACGGACUAGCAAGAUAAAAUGUAUAUACAGGCAAUUGAUCCGGGAACUAGGAUUACAAGCACCGAAAGCAUAUCAAGGAGCGAUGGACGGUUCUAGCCAACAUCAGGUUUCUCGCUUCACAGGCUGCUUUCCAGCUCACCCGAUCUGUACAUAUCAUCCUCCAAAUCGACAACAAAAAACGCGCCUCUCACACACUCACCCAAUUUCACAGCUCAAAUCGCUAAGCCGUUCAAUGAAACAUGAAAAUUAUGAUCAUUUAUUAAUUAAUAGCGUAAAAUAACCUGCAACCAAUUCGCAAUGGCCAUCAAUCGAAAAUCGCUGGGCUCAGGCCUCCAUUCGAUUCAAUGUCCAUUAUUCAAUUAUUAAUUUAGUUGAGAAAAUUUUUCAUCCCCACCUGUCCACCAAACGACCGACCAUGCGCCUCCUCCACGAGACAAAAAUCCAUUCUUCCAUUCGGAUGCUACUCCAUUUAAAUCACUCACCGUACGUGGGCUUCGGUAUGUAUUCAACAGUUGUCAAAAUCACAUCCAGUUCCGAACGGAAACCUGCAUCCUGAUCGCGGGUCGUCAUCGGUGGCGGUUGGUUAGCAAAAUAAGCUUACCACAUCACCGCACCCGAUUUAAAAGCUGUGCCGCGGAAUUAUUCACUACAUUUUCCGGUAGGAGAUUUUUUUUACCAUAAUCUGAAUGCCGCUGUUGCAUCCGCAGUGGUAACAGUAAGCAGCCUCAUUAUCACUCACCGAGUAAUGAGCUGCAUUAUUCCGGCUAGGUUAUUAAACAUACUAUUUAUUACUGCGUUUUUUGAUGCAUGUCCCAGUUCCACUACUGCUACGUGAUUCGAUUUCUGUUUAUCCUCUUUUUGUACUUUCCUCAACAGUAGUUACGCUUCGUUAGGCAUUUCAGUUGGAUAUUUGAAAUAUAUUGAAACUUAUUGUUGGUAUCAAAUACCUUUAGUUGAUCAUUAGUUAUUGUGUUAUCGCCUUGGUUGGCUUCAGUUUUAGAAGCGUUUUCGCUCAUCGAAAAUGUAACAUGAAAAUAAAACGAAAAUGUAAAUAGUUUCAGCUUUAGCAUUUUUUUUAGUCAAGUAGCGAACCAGAUAAUGUUUUCAAAACUAACACAACAUUGAUAUCAAAACUAGUUCCGUAAGGUUUUAAAUUAAUCGAUAGAAAAUAGCAAUUACGCAGGCUAGCAAGAAACAGUCACUCUACUGGUAGUAAGUAAAUAAGAUAAUUGCAUCCCAAGUCUAGUGUAAUGGAUUAGAAAGAAUGUCGAAGAGAAGAGACGAAAUACAAGCUAAACAUAUUGUAAAAUUAUUAUUCAAAUUAAAAAUUACGCAAUUAUUAAAAUAUUUCAAAA